AUGGCUGCCCCUGCUAACCCCUCUACUACAGCAUCCCAGGCUGCGCCAGAGUCCUACGAUGUUACUACACCUGUUCCAGAACCCGUGACCACGAAACAACUCCAGCCUGCUUCUGAGCCCAAGAUUGCCUUAUCCCCACAAUCCACCGAGGAGACAACGGAUGAUGUAUCGGACUCUCAGUCAGCUUCAGUCGAGGCAGCCAAGCCAAAUCCUCAACCUGCUCCAGGUAAGGAGGAGAACCCAGACUCCCAACUCGCCUCUUUCAAGGAGGCAAAACCAAACCCCCAACCGUUUCCUGCUAACGAGGCCAAACAAGAGCCUGAUCCUGCUCCUUCCGCGGAAGCCAAGCCUGAGACUCAGACUGCUGCAACCAAGGAGGCAAAAUCAGACGCUCCAUUUGCUGCUGCCAAUAGAGUCAAGCCAGAGCCUAAGCCUACUCCUGCCGAGGGAACCAAGCCGGAAGCCAAGCCUGCACCCGCUGUGGAGACAAAGCCAGACUCUCAACUCGCUCCAGGCAAACAGGAAAAGCUUGAACAUACGCCUGCUCCCGCUCCUGAUGUGGAAACAAAGCCAGAGCCUCAACUUGCCCCAGUUGCUGAAGUCAAACCUAAGCCUCAACCUGCGACAGCUGUUAGCCAGGACGAUAAGUUUCCAGAGGAGACAGAUACUGAAGCCACACCUAAUCCUGCCCUUGCCCCUGCUAAGGAACUGAAGCAAGAACCUUUGCCUACCCCAGUCGUUGAAGCAAAGCCAGUGCCCCAACCUGCUCCGGUUAUGCAGCCAAACGCAACAUCUGGGGUGCCUGUUGUUCCUACGACCUCGAUCGAGUGCCUUGCUCUCCUCAUGAAGACACAGCAGCCCCUUACCGAAGCCUGCCACAAGCCCAUCCGAGAUGACCAAAAUCUUAUUCAGCUCGCAGGAUUGGGCUCAGUCGAUCUGGACUUUAUGUACAGCGGCAAGGACUUUCCGGUCAUCUCAAGCGACGGACUACGUCUCAAGUUGCAAGAGAUCCCCGGCUACAUCUUAUCUUUCGUCCAAGCCCGAUACGAUUACAAGGACCACGAUACGGUCUCCUUUUUGCCACCAUGGGCUCUCUCCACUAUGCAAGCAUCCGCUAUAAUCACCGCCAUUGAUCAGGUCGAUCCCGAGACUCCCAUCAUUCUCGAGGGCACCGUCGAUAUUAACCUUUCGAUUGCCUCAACCGACAGUGGCCCACCCAAGACUACUAUCAUCGCCGGCUGCCAGUUCUCGUCUCCAAUCCACAUGCCUGGCCUAACGGGCGGUGUCAUGUUUAACGUUCUCGACAGUGCGGGUAAGCAGCUUGUCACCUCGGCAGUUGACCUCUUUGAGAUUGCCCCCAAAGAGAAUAAGGUCUCUCUCCGCCUUAUCUCCAAACUCGAUGACUCGGUGGCAUUCUUGAACCGACUCCAUUAUACCGGCGACACGGUUACCAUCCAGGGCAAAACUGGAUCCUCAAUGAACCCGUUCUUAAACGUGACGCUCAGUCAGCUCAAUUUUACGAUCACCUAUCCUGCUGUUGCCGAUAUCCCACCUCAGAACGCCCCUUUUGCCGUCGAUACCCCACUCCCGGUCCCCGCUGCAGUUCCAGAUAUUCCACCUAAGAGUCCUCUUGCUACCACUCCUGGGAUGUUGUAG